AUGAAGCGGAUCGUCAUCCUCGGAGGCUCCUAUGCGGGAGUCAGCACCGCACAUCGCAUCCUCAAGCAGGUUCCCAAGGCCACAGGCGUCAAAGUCACCCUGGUGUCCCCGAACACCCAUUUCUACUGGAGCAUGGCCUCGCCUCGAGGCGUAGUCCCCGGCCAGAUCCCCGACGAGAAGCUGUUCCAGCCCAUCGCGGACGGCUUCGUCGGGUACCCGCCGGGCCAGUUUGAACACAUCGUCGCCUCGGCCGAAAGCCUCGACGUGCACGCGAAAACGGUGGGCCUUUCCGGCUCGACGGGCCUUCGCACACUCGACUACGACUUUUUAAUUCUGGCGACCGGCUCCCGUACCCACGGCGGGAUCCCGUUCAAGGUUCUAGGGUCGACCGAAGCGACGAAAGAUGCUCUACAUGACUUCCAGGCCAGGGUGAAGAAGGCCAAGACAAUCGUUAUCGCCGGAGCCGGUGUGACAGGUGUCGAGGUAGCGGGCGAACUGGGGUUCGAGUACGGAAAGCAAAAGGAGAUUAUUCUGAUUGCCAGUGGACCAUCGAUUCUCGAGGAAGCUCCAGCAAGUGUAUCCAAGAUUGCAACAAAGGCCCUCCAGGAUCUCAACGUGAAGCUCCAGCUACAGACCAAGGUCACCAGCAGCUCCGGCCCGACGGCCCAAUCGCCAACCGGUCGGCAAGAACUCACGCUGUCGAGGGGCCAGAAAAUCGUGGCCGACAUGUACGUCCCGACGUUCGGUCUGGUGCCGAACUCGUCGUACAUUCCGGCCCAGUUCCUCGACGCCAAGGGGUUCGUCUUGGUCGACGAGAUGCUUCGAGUCAAGGGCACCGAGGACGUCUGGGCCGUUGGCGACGUCUCGGCCAUCGAGCCCGCGCAAUUCAUCACCUGCGACAAACAGUCGGCCCAUCUCGCCAAGAACAUGACCUUGAUUCUGAGCAACAAGACACCACUUCCUUACAAAGUGGCCACAAGCCGUUUCAUGGGUCUUCAAAUUGGCAAAAAGGCCGCGACCGGUCAUUUCGGAACGUACAAAGUUCCCGGAUUUAUCAUAGCCUGGGCUCGGAAGACGCUCUUCGUGGAGAAUUUGGCGCCCACGGUGAAUGGUUCUCUGUUUUGA